AUGCAGAUAUAAUAGUAGGAUUUAUUGUAUGAAUUUUCUAUUUCUCAAGUAUUUAAUUAUAAUAAGGAAAUGACUCAUGUACUCUACUUUGGGAAGAUAUUCGCGAAUCUGCAGACUGAAAGCCUACGGAGUCAUUAAUAGAUAUUAACGAGGGUUUGUUUGCCAGAGAAUGUGUUUUCGAAUGACUAAACAAAAUAGAACAAAGGAGGGGAACAAUAAGUAGCAUUCGUAAAGGUGAUUUGCAAAGAGAACAUGGUGUUUUUAUUUGAUAAUAAAUCUGAAAUGUGGGCAUUUGGAGCAUCUAAUGAGGGAUUAUUGGGUUUACGAAUAGCUGGUCUAGUGUACCCAGUGAAUAUAUCUCAAGUGAUGGAUACGAAGAUAAGGUAUGUGACAGCAGCCCAAAACUUUGUAUCAGUGUACACGAUGAAAAAUAGACUGUACAUUUGGGGGAAAACGGAUGAGAUGAAUCUAGGGGAUUGCUUGAAGCAGAAGAGAGUAGAGUUUAGCAAGACCAUAGAUAGAAGGUAUGAAUUCUAAUGUUGUGAAAUUUCAACGUUGAUUCAAGGCAAUGGAAUGUAGGAGAGAAAUAAUGAGUUAUAACAAAUGCAAUCAAGUUCAAAUAAACUGUAUUUAUUGACAACUCAAAGUUUGUACUUGAUAUCUAGUUAGCCAAUACAAAUCAUGUAGAAUUUCGUUGGUUUGGCUUGCAAUUAGAAUCAUGUUUUGGCAUGGGAUACUGAAGGCAGAGUCUGGAGUUGGGGAUCGCAUUCUGAUGGCAAAUUGGGAUACAUGAAUUUCGAUUAGUAAGAAUAGGUCUAGCCAAAGAUUGUGGAGAAUCUGACAAACAGGAUUAUACAAUGUGCUUGUGGAUUGAAUUAUAGUAUAGCAUUGGAUGUGAAAGGGGAUAUCUAUGGAUGGGGAAAAGGUCCAUUCAAAAUAGAAUUACUGAAAGCAACUCAACCCACUAAACUCAUAGAGAAGAAUAAGUCAUUCGUGAAGGUGAUUGCUGGAGAUGAUCAUUUUGGAGCAUUGGAUAUGAUUGGUCAAUUGUAUGUGUGGGGCUUGAAUAACAACAAUUGUUUAGGCCAAAUGGAAGAGGAAGUACAAAAACCAACACCUUUUGAAUUGAGUGGACUAAAGGUAAUUGAUGCAAGUAUGGGACCUACUUGUACAGUUUUGAUUGUUCCUUCUGGCCGAUUGCAGAAACUGCCAAAUCUCAAUUUGGAUUCCUUCACCAGUCAACAGAAGAAGUGUUUCAUUGAAGAGGCUAGUUUGAUUCGAGAUUUCACUGAAAGAAGGAAUCGACAGACUCUGAUGUAGAUGCUCACACCCAGUCAGAACAAGUUGUAUAAACCAGAUGAUAAGGAAUAUGACAAAGCCAAUGAACUUAUACAUAAGAUGCAAUUGAAAUUGGAUUCUCCCAGAAUCAAACCAACUUUUAAUUCUACUCAUAUCUCCCACUCUCUCUUCAGCAAUAAUGAACUCUCUGCUAGAACUAUGCGAUCUCCUAUUUCUUUUGAUAAUGUUUAAAGUAAAUUAAACAAAUUGGAAAAUAAUAAUCCACUUUACUUGCCCAUUCUGCCAAGAUUCCAAAUGACAUCAUUCAUGAAAGAAGACGAAAUCAAUCUGGACUUUCUUAUUUAAACAGAUGAUGAUGAACUCAAAUAUCGCUACAUCUAAUUAGUCAAGGAUAACUCAGAGGAUUAAGUUCUCAUGCAAUUACUGGAUGAACAAACCACCAAAAAGACUCACUCCACUUUAACUGCCAGGAAUUAAGUCAAGACAUAUAAGCAAUAGAGUGAACCUAAAAUCAUCAAAUUUAAUGAUAAGUACGAUAAAUUAGAUCCCAAUCUAUUAGAAAAUGUCAAAAAGGAAUUGGCUGAAAUCAGUAAAGAAAGAUGGAAACAAUACUUGAAAAAAAGAAAAAUUAGAGAAAACAAGAUCAAUAUGCUAAAAACUAAAUUUCAAAUGACCAAGUUAGAAUAGAUGUCAAAAGAAGAAUAAAUUGAAUCUAAUCGUUUGCAGGCUGUUGAAAAGAAUAUCAAAAUCUAAUACACCAUCUUGAGGAAGGAAGAGAGACUCAAAACUAAAUUAGAAGGACUCUAAUAGCAAUUGCAAGAAAACUCUACUGAAUUCUAAAUCAAAAAGAAAACUGAAAUGAAAAAAGAAGUUGCCAAAUUCUUUGCUUUCAUACAAUUGCUACAGUAUUUCAACUUUGAAGCUUGUUGCCAAAUGUUUGAAGAAGCUGCCUUUCGAGGUUUACAGAAAAAGAGACUACUAUUCUAAGCCAAUAAUAAAGCGAAGAUCAUUCAAAAGGCUGUGAGAAGGAGAAACAUCAUCAAAAUGAUUAACAACAAAUUGGGAGAAAAACCAAGAAAAAUCCUGCUCUCCUUCAUCUUUCGUAUUAGAAUGUCCAUCAGAAUCAAAAAAAGAAGAGCUCUCUUUCGAAAACUAAAUCUAUUCUAUCAAAAAAACUAACUAUUUCUUAAGAUUCGCAUCAACCUAAACGUCUUGAUGAAAUCUGCCAAGAACAUACAAGUAUUUUGCAAAUAUUACAAUCAAACUAUUAAGAUGUAAUUGAGUUACCUAAAUUUCAAAUGGGAUGAAUAUAUGAAAUAAGAAUUCAAGGGACUAGUUAUUGACAAAGAUAAAGAAGAGUAGAAAUUAAAUCAAUUGCAAUUCUUUAGUGAAAAACAGAUUCAAAUUAUGAAGCAAUUAUCUUACCCUUAUAAAUCCAAUAAAUAACUAAUCAAGGACAUGUUGUUGAAUAAGAAACUCAAACUUAAAGUAGACACUCUCAGAACCAAUAUCUUAAAGAGAAUUCCAUUGCUUCAAUCUUAAGAAGAAGAAACGAAGGACAAAGAAAUCAGAACCAGUUUCAAUAGUAUUUUAUUACCAUACACCAAAUAUGUUGAGAACAUCAUUAUUCCUUAAAAUUUCAGAAUUAGAUUUGAUUAUUAAGAAAUUUAAUUGUUAAAUGUGCUUGACAAAGUCAAUCUAGAAGAAGCUAAACUAAAAAUGGAAUUGUUGCAAACAUACCAGAGGAUUUAGAGAAAAGACUACAUUCAAUAAUGUCGAAAUUAUUUUCAAGCACUAUGUGAUUUCAAACAGAAGAAUAAGAUUUCAAUAGGGACUGAAAGGAUUAAAAUCAUGUCAAAGUUGGGUUUAGAUGAAGUUAAACAGCUGAAAUAAAAGGAUGAACUUGAGUAUCGUAUCUUAGCUUUGAAGCGGGAGAUUAACACCAAAAGAAUUAGAAUAUUUGAUAGUGCGCUGAAAGAAAAUAUUUUUGAGAAGAUCAAAGCAUUUCAGCAAGAUAACUAUCCCUUUUAAUUACUAACCUAUAAAUUAGUUGUGGCUUAUAGUAAAAUUGAACCUCCAAAAUUAACUAUGGAACUUAGCUAUAAAGAAUGGGUUCGUUUAUUUAAGAACUAUCAUACGGAUUUUAAAAUUAGAUUGCAAUCAAUAAUGAGUGAAGCCAGGCGAGCAGCUGCAUAUAAAGCAAAAUAAAUUAAACGAUCUACAACUAUAAAAUCAAAGUCUACCCUAUCUAAAAAGGUAAUUGAUAUAGUUUGA